GCGAGUCCAGGACCGGUUGCAGGGCCGAGCGGCGGACGGGCGGACGGGCGGACGGGCGGACGACGAGACCUCGGACCGCGAUGUGGAAGGCGUCGGCAGGCCACACUGUGCCCCUCGCCCAGGAAGACUCGGGUGCUGACGACUGGGAGACAGACCCCGACUUUGUGAAUGACGUGAGUGAAAAAGAGCAAAGAUGGGGCGCCAAGACCGUGCAGGGCUCCGGACACCAGGAGCACAUCGACAUCCACAAGCUGAGAGAGAACGUGUUCCAAGAGCAUCAGACCCUCAAGGAGAAGGAGCUGGAGACGGGGCCGAAGGCCUCCCACGGCUACGGAGGCAAGUUUGGCGUGGAACAGGAUCGGAUGGACAAGUCCGCCGUCGGCCACGAGUACCAGGCAAAGCUGUCAAAACACUGCUCGCAAGUUGACUCGGUCCGGGGCUUCGGGGGCAAGUUUGGGGUGCAGAUGGACCGCGUGGAUCAGUCUGCUGUCGGCUUCGAAUACCAGGGGAAAACGGAGAAGCAUGCCUCCCAGAAAGACUACUCCAGCGGCUUUGGAGGCAAGUAUGGCGUGCAGGCCGACCGUGUGGACAAGAGUGCCGUGGGGUUUGACUACCAGGGCAAGACGGAGAAGCACGAGUCACAGAAAGAUUACUCCAAAGGUUUUGGUGGCAAAUACGGUAUUGACAAGGACAAGGUGGACAAGAGUGCCGUGGGCUUCGAGUACCAAGGCAAGACAGAGAAGCACGAGUCACAGACAGACUAUGUGAAAGGCUUCGGGGGAAAGUUCGGCGUGCAGACAGACAGACAAGACAAAUGCGCCCUGGGUUGGGAUCACCAGGAGAAGUUGCAGCUGCACGAAUCCCAGCGAGACUACUCCAAAGGAUUUGGCGGAAAAUACGGUGUGCAGAAGGAUCGGAUGGAUAAGAAUGCCUCGAGCUUUGAAGAUAUCACCAAGGUGUCCUCUGCCUACCAGAAGACUGUGCCAGUGGAAGUUGUGACCAGCAAGACAAGUAACAUCAGAGCUAACUUUGAGAACCUGGCAAAGGAGCAGGAGCAGCAGGACAGGCGGAAGGCAGAGGCAGAGCGAGCCCAGCGCCUGGCCAGGGAGCAGCGGGAGCGGGAAGAAGCUGCACGGAGGUCGGAGGAACAAGCCCGAGCCCAACAGAGUCCUCCAGCGUCUCCUGGUCCUCAGCCCGUGGAGGAGAGGCUGCCGUCCAGUCCCAUCUAUGAGGAUGCUGCAUCACUGCGAGCAGAGCCGGCCUGUGACAGCCUCGUGGGCCCGGACACAGUCGACGAGAGCUCGGAGGGCCACUACCAGUCAGAGGACAACACCUAUGACGAGUACGAGAACUCGCUCGGGAUCACGGCCACGGCCCUCUACGACUACCAGGCCGCGGGCGAUGACGAAAUCUCGUUCGACCCUGAUGACAUCAUCACCAACAUCGAGAUGAUUGAUGACGGCUGGUGGCGCGGGGUGUGCAGGGGCAGGUACGGGCUCUUCCCCGCCAACUACGUGGAGCUGCGGCAGUAGCCCCGUGCGGCCCCCCGUGCGGCCCCCCGUGCGGCCCGGUGACGGUGAGGAGGGGUGCUCGUGUCGCUUCUGUACGUGUGCUCUGGUGGCUGACUCCAGUGCACGCCGCGAGAUCUGCUAAUAUAUUGUGAUCACGUUCCUUCAGCGCACUUGACCUUGUUCUUAGGCAUUUGAGGUGUUUUCUUUUUGGUUCUUUUGCCAAAUGGACCGUCCUGUGCGGCUGUGUGGGUCCUCGGUCCUCCCCGGCUUGGUUGUGCUUGUUGUCCUGUGCCUGUUGGGGUCCUCUGUCCCCGCCAGGGUGCUGUCCCCAGAGGGAGGCCUGUGGCUCUGUGCGUGGGAGAAGGAGGCUCGCCGGAGAGCUCAGCUCACGCCACGACUCAGGACUUGCUGUGGCCGCUGCAGAGCAGGCAUGCAGCCGAGGCCCUGGCCCCACUCCUCAGCCUCCACGCUCGCCCCUCCUCGAUGCCCAGCAGGCUGCUGGGCCCGUCCUGUCUCACCCCUGCCAGGUGUCGCCCCGUUGCUUUGUUGCCCCUCCUCUGCUUGUCUCCAGGUGUCGCUGCACCAUAGCCUGGCGCUCCGGGUCGGGUUGGCGCUGGCUCAGGGCUCCAUGGGCCCCGCAGGCGUGGUCUGUGUGUGUGGCCACGUGGCUGUGGGAGGCAGGGCCCUACCCGAUCGUGGACCGCCCAGCGCGCUGUUCUGCCUUGAAGUCAUACUGUUGUUGCCAAAUAACCCGUUGAAUUCUGGUGAACUGUGGCUGCCGGCCCUGCUGAGGGUCCCGCGCACAGGUGGACGGACUGCCAGGGGCCCAGAGCUGCUGGCCCCGGGCACUGCCAGCCACUCUGUGCUCAGAGGGUAUGGCUGUCCCAGAGGUUAGGAGGCCGCACGGCUCCCGGAAACCCCUCCGUGCCUCAUCUUCCUGAGGGUGUGGUUCCGCCUAAUCCUUGCGUUCCUGGGGAGGCUAGGUUUUAUAUGCAACUUCUGUGUCGGGGUCUGAGGCGCACCUCACAGUCUGAUUUUUUUAAAUUAAAUAGCCAGAAUACA